AUGAUGGAAGGGCUUUCAAGGUUUUGCAGUCUCAGGGGGGGCAGAGAGGUGCAUGGAAAACGCUUCGCUAUGUCUAGAGUGGAAACCCUUCAAGUGCUUCACACCGUUGCAGUGUGGCAAGGCACUGAAGCAUCUGCUGUAACGCAAGGUUCCUUUGGCAGACCAAUACCUGCAAGGAUGUCGGGGGGUGGUCACGUGCAGGGAAACGGCGCCCACGAAGCUCAUGGCACCGGACGACCUGCGGAUGAUGGUGGAAAGCACUUCAAAGUGGCAGGACAAGGUGGUUUGGCAGCUGACAGGGACAGUGGCCAGUCAACGGGCAGAGGCCAGUGGGAUCACAGCGGGCAAUUUCAAUUUCCUGCCAAACGGCAAUGUGAUUCUGGAUUGGGCCACCAUGCGGAAAGGCAUCGAGGGUGA